AUUUUCUCAAUAAUCGAAUUAAUCGAUUAUUUCAAACAAUCGAGAAUUUUAAGUACUUUCUUUUGAUUAUACCCCGAUCGUGGAUUACCAUAGACAUAUAAAUAUUUAUAUGUGUAUUACUGAAUAUGUCUGAUAUGAUACUAGAUAUCGCUAUUCGCUAUUCGUUGUUUGCUUCAUUAUUUCAUUAAAUAUUGAUAGAAGAUUUUAAGACCCCAUCUUGCCGCGGUUUUUGCGGUUAUUACUUUUUACUCAAUUGUCUCAAUUAGUUAUUUGUAAUUUGUGAAUUUCUCAAUUUCGGCGUGUAUUCCGGAUAUAGGUAGUUAAAUUAUAUAAACUCAAAGUGUAUAUGUCCAACAUGAGUUUUAAUUUCGGGACACCCAAAACCACAAAUCAGCCUUCAAUGUUUACAAUGUCUACACCUGCCAAUACUCCAUGGGGUUCAGCUCAAGCUCCAGCUGGUUUCUCCUUAGGGAGUAAUGCCCAACCAACUUCUACUGGUUUCUCAUUAGGUGGUACCACACAAGCAACAACUGGUUUUACACUAGGUAGUACCACACAAGCGUCAACUGGUUUCUCGUUGGGUGUCGCAAGUCAACCAUCUACUGGCUUCUCAUUGGGGACAACUUCAGCAUCUACUGGGUUCUCUUUAGCUUCAACUCAAGCAUCUAAUGCAUUUUCAUUGGGCACAAAUCAAACAUCAACUGCUUUCUCUUUGGGUGCAACUCCAACAGUUUCUACUGGUUUCUCAUUAGCUAGUACCACCCAAGCAUCUACUGGUUUUUCGUUAGCUACAACUCAAGCAUCUUCUGCCUUACCACUUGCCACAACUCAAGUAUCAAAUGCUUUCUCAUUGGGCACAGCUCAAGCAUCUACUGCUUUCUCUUUGGGUACAACUCCAGCAGUUUCUACCAGUUUCUCAUUAGGUAGUGGUACCACUCAACCAUCUACUGGUUUCUCAAUGGGGGGUACCACACAAGCAUCUACUGGUUUCUCAAUGGGUACCACACAAGCAUCUACUGGUUUCUCAUUGACAACAACUCAACCAUCUACUGGAUUCUCAUUAGCCACUACUAAAGCAUCAACAGGUUUCUCUUUGGUUACAUCUUCAGCAGUUUCUACUGGUUUUUCAUUAGGCACAACAAGCACUACUGGAUUUUCGUUGAGUUCUUCUGGAAUAACCACAACCACAGCCCAAGCUACUACAAUACAAACUACUGCGGCAAUUACUACACAAGCUCAACCUGUUACAUCUCAAUCAGAUAGUCAAUCUAGUGCAGUUCAACCGACUAAUUUCCAACAGCUUAUUGAUUUAAUUAACAACUGGACUGUCAGUUUAGAAAAUCAAGAAAAACAAUUUCUUAAUCAAGCAAAUGAAAUAACUGUUUGGGAUAAUAUGUUAACUAAUCAAUCUACUAAAUUGAUAAAACUGUAUGAUAUUCUGGAGCAAAAAGAAAAAGAACAAGUAGAUAUUGAAAAUGAACUUGACUUUUUGUUAUCCCAACAAAAAGAACUUGAAGAUUGUUUAGUUCCACUAGAACAAGAAUUACAAUCUGCUGAAGUAUUAAGUAGCUUGAAUAAUGAAAGAGAACCAAUAUAUAAAGCUGCACAAGAAAUCGAUAAUCAAGUAAAACAAAUGUMAGGGGAUAUAAAAGAAAUAGUAAACAAUUUAAAUAAAGCUAACUCAAAAAAAGACUCUGAUGAUGAUUUGGAUACUAUUUGUCGAAUAUUGAACUGCCAUAUGACAGCAUUACAGUAUAUUGAGCACAACGCAGAAAAUUUAAGUUCAAUGGUAUCUGAAGUGAAUGAAGAACAUUCUCGUUUCUUAACAGCUGCUAAUGAUAACUCUUUUAUGUCUUUUAGGAAAUAAAUAAUAAUAUUAUUAAAUCAAUAUUUUUGAUAUUUAAUUUAAAUUUKAAUAAAAUAUUAGUGCAGUGUAUCAUCUUAA